CAAUAACGGAAACCUGUGGUCGUGCGGAAACCAGAAAAACCGAGAACAUGUCAUUUUAAUUUUAACAAUUUACUCCGAUUUUGUCUGCUCCGGUUAUUUUUUUCUCGGUACCUGCAGUGGAAAUUUUUUCUAUUAUAGUGAUUUAUCUCUACUCGUAUUUAAAACACAAAGCAUUCGAUUAAAUAUAAGUGCACCACACGAGAUGACUAUGUGAUUGAGAGGUUAACUUAAUUGUGCGUGACACGGGCUGUUUGCACGUUUUCCGACACGUUUGCGCCGAGAAAUCAAUAUUUCGAAGACCUUGAUCUCCCUUUUAUAUUCUCCGAUAGAUGUUACAGCUCUUAUCCGAUGAACAGUUUAUAUCUGGCAUUUAGAAGAUUUCACAAUAUUAACGAAGAUCCUUUAAGGGAUGGUGUUUUCUAUGUCGUUUAGAAAGUCUACGAUAAGUGCUUUUAAUAUGGUCCAAAAAGGCUUUCGGCCGCUGGUGUUGUGCGGCCCCUCUGGUACGGGGAAAAGUACUUUGAUAAAGAAACUUUUUGACGAACUUCCUGAUUCCUUCGGGUUUUCGAUUAGUCAUACCACAAGAAAACCUAGAGCAGGUGAACAAAAUGGCAAGGAGUAUUACUUUACUGAUAAAGAAGAAAUGCAGAGUCAAAUCGAUCGCGGACAGUUUCUCGAAAGUGCAACGUACAGUGGUAACAUGUACGGAACAAGUAAACGAGCCGUUGAGGAUGUGCAGCGUGCCGGAAAAGUAUGUGUGCUAGAUAUUGACGUACAAGGUGUGAAACAAAUUAAGAAAACAAUUACUCUGGAUCCGUUAUACGUAUUUGUGAAACCGCCAUCCAUAUCUGAAUUGGAAAAGCGAUUACGAGAACGUAAUACUGAAACUGAGGAAUCUCUACAACUCAGGUUAAAGGCAGCACAAGAGGAAAUCGAAUAUGGUGAACAACCUGGGAAUUUUCAUUUAGUAAUCGAGAACGACAAUGUUGAGAAGGCCUACAAAAAGCUUCGGGACUUUGUUGUCUCUGAAAUCGAACGACAGAAAGGUUUAGAGAAUUAACCAAGUACCUGAGGAUGGAAUCUCUUGUAAAUGGCACUAGUUAAUUAUUUCUAGCCUCGAAUGUACCAGGACAAGUUUAGAAUAUUAAUGAAUUACUUGUUUAGUGAACAAGGCUGGAAAUGUGAACGGAUGAGAUUGACACAAGCUGUAAAUUUGCAUUUAAAGUUUUCCAAAACUUUUGUUCACUUUAACUGAAGCGGGCAAAAUAUUGUAAAUAUCCUAUUCAAAACUGUUGUACUUAACUAUGUUCAGUACAUUCGUCAGUAUUUUAUUUUUCUACUUUUGAAAUGUUUUAUUUGAAAGAGGAACUAGCGAUUCUCGUUUAGUUUUUGUCACAGACAGCUGACAUUUACGAGGGUUAUAUAUUUUUCGAGAUGCUGAGUUGUAAGACAAAAAGGGAUCAUUUUAGUGAGAAUUAAUUAGUUAGAAAAGUUAGGUACCCCAUUAAUUGUACUGAGUGUUUAAUCGAUCGAUUAAAUUUUGUUUGACAUAUUUGAGGGUACCUGAAGUCAACUGAAUUUUUGCCAAAUUUGAGAAUUUAAUGUACGAAAUAUUUAUGUUUUGAUAUACUGGAUAUCCUAUUUAUGUGCAUUUUCGGAACUGAUCCUAAAUGACCUUCACUUAAACCGAACAUGUUCGAUUUAAGCGAAGGCCAUUUAGGACCAGGCAGAGAAUCCACACUUAAAUGGGAUUUCCAGUUUAUUUUUCUCGCACAUGUUACCUAGAUUUGAAUUGAUCAAUUCCACAUUCAGUACACUUUAUCAGUAUCCCAAUUUUUUCGACCCACCCUAUUAAAUAUCUCUAAAAUUGUCAUAAAUCUGAAAAAUGUCCUCGUUAAAUUCCGCAGGUGCGUCAACAAAAUGUCGCUUCAUUCAGUUUAUUUAUGCUGAACAGUUGAUUUAAAUGAAACAGUUUGUAAAUGCGAGCAGUCUCCAAGAUACCGGAAACGUGAUCUGAAUGGUAUUGGGAUCUAAUUUCCCAUGUUUUUAAUAAGGCUUUGAUAUUUAAGAUGUUUUUACACAUUUCUUGUAUAUCAGUCUUGCACCAAGACAUGUUUUGUAUUAUUACAACAUACAAAAGCGAAUGCAAUUUGCUUUUGUAUUUUUCUACCUAUUUAUAAUAAGUCAGUUAUUAUAAUGUACGUUUAUUUUUAAGUUGUUUGCAGCGCUGGAUUAAUUUAAUAUGAUUCAAACUGGCAGUUUAUUGUUAAAUUAUAAGUUACAUUUAUUUUUACAUGUAAGUGUAGUCGAAUUGCAAUUUUGACCGCAGCCAAAGACGGGAUAGUAACUCACUAGAAAUAAAUUUGACUUUUAAAACGUUACGAUUAAAUUUAAUGUAACCUAGAGUUAGAUGACUGAGACCACCCACCAAUUGAAAAGUUGUGUUCCGAUAGAGUUACUUGUAAAUAUAACAGGCAUUCUUUUCUACAAUCUUGCAUAUUUCUCGAAAAAUAUGAAAAUGAAUUGUAGGAGAGCUUUGCCUUGGAUGUUCCGUCAUUCGUCAUACAUUAAUUACGUUGAUGCCCAGUGUUUAUAUAUAAUCAAAAAAAAAAAAAAAAUCAUUCGUACUGCAAUGAUUUUAAAUUUUAAUGCUCUUUUUAGCCAAACUUAUCUGUAAUGCGAUAACAUGAGUUAUCGAAAUUUAGUUGAUAUUUUAGUCAUUACUUUAUUAUACGUUGCUAUUCACUAUGUUUUUUUAAAUUCUUGUCUGAUUAACUAUUAGAUUCAUAAAAAAUAUUAAGGAAGGGGAUUUUUGAUUGGAAAUUUUGAGAAAAUGUGUACAAAUUCAUGCAUAAUGAAAAAGCCCAUCGUACGUAGUUAUAAUGAAUUUAAAUAUGCAUAAUAAUUGUUAUAAAGUGGCCAAAAAUAUAUGCGACAAAGUAGUGAUUCGUAACUAUAACUUAAUAUACUUUAAAGUUCAAAUCUUUACCAGAAAAUUUUACAUGUGUGAUUUUUAAAUGUGAGCCAAUUUUUUAAACUCAUGUUGAGAGCUAGAGACUAGUUUUAUCAAUUAAACUUGAAUAAUAUCUGACCUCUUGAAUCAUUAAUUUCAAAAACCAAGGAAAUUUGAUUCCUUAAUUUAUAAUUUAAUUGUCUGUUUUACACUUCUCGAUCCAUAUUUUUGGUCACCUCGUAGAUUAAGACUAGUACAAAUGUUAGCUGUGAAAAAUUGUAACAUACUGUUAAAUCUAUGACUAAUAAAAUUCAUUUAGCGCGCAA